AUGUGGAAAAAAUGGCAGCUAUUCCAUGCUACCGACUUUCAAUCUCUUAUGUAUCCUUGCUUCACCUUCUGCAAUAUACUCGGAAUAUUUCCGUAUCGCAUCAACGCUUCAACCUUUGAAACUACGAGAAAGCGUUGUAUUUUGACAACCGUCAUUACUUGCGUUUUCUGUUCGUUUAUUUUAAUAAUGCUGUAUGGGAUUAACAUUAGUGGAACGAAUAAGUAUCAAAACACACCUAUAACUAUAGAACGCAAUUGUUAUUUUAUAUACGGUCUAUUUAUCGCGGUUGUUACAUACAUCAUGAAAGAUCCUCGGAUGCACUUACUCCAAAAUAUAAUGGAAAUCUCUUUUAUAUUGUCUCCUAACUCAUAUCGAAAGCUAUCUAGACUGAUUCACGCUAAAGAUAUUUUUGGUUUCUCUUAUCUAAUCGGACACAUAAUGUUUUAUUAUUUUAUAUUAGAUUUUGGUAAUACAGACAAGAUUCUUAUAGCAUACAUCCUCUUGAUAGGAUUUCAAAUGGAUAUGUUGUAUAUGAAUUGUGUAUGCAUAUUAAAAGCUUGUUUUAAGGAAAUUAACGAUAAUCUGACGAAUUUUCGAAUGCUGAUUGUGAACGACGAACCACAUCUUUUGAGAAAAAUUUAUCACGAACAGAAGAAUCCAUUUCUAUUAAUGAAACUCAAAACAAUGAAAACGCAGCAUUUGACGAUCAGUGACACAGUGCAAAUGUUGAAUACGAUUUUUGGUUUACAGCUUCUUGGUACCAUAGUUAUAACUUUUGCAGAGUUUACGUUCUGUCUGUAUUUCUAUAUAAUUUUUCUCUGGCAAAUUAACGUAAAUUAUGACUACACGUUUCAAAUAAUGUUAUUGAAAAUGUCUUUAGCGUAUCAAUUCGUCAAAAUAGUAUGGAUGGGAUGGACUUGUGAUGCAGGCAAGGAUGAAGCCGUAAUGGUCGGUAUCACUGUUCAUGAAAUACUGAACGACACGAUAGACAAACAAAUAAAAAAUGAAUUGCAGCAAUUUUCCUUGCAAGUACUUCAUCGGGAAAAUAUAUUUUCCGCUAAGGGUCUUAUAUUAGACGCAACGCUUCUCGUUGCGAUAGUGAGUAACGUCACUACGUAUUUAUUAAUUUUAAUACAAUUUUUAAUUACCAAAUAA